UUUGUGGAAGGGAUUCCCCAACGAAAUAUACAGUUACCACCGUCGCCCUACCCUCGGGCAACAUGGGUGGGUGUAUUGGUGCUCACAGAGACGGUAAUUCACCAUCGGGUGAGUCUUCAGAUGUCACAGGUCGAAAUCAACCACUGAAGCCAGAAAAACCAAAGUGGAAAAGUGAUGUGCCUUUAACAGAGGGUCAGCUGCGAAGUAAACGAGAUGAAUUCUGGGAUACUGCACCAGCGUUUGAGGGCAGGAAGGAGAUUUGGGAUGCUCUGAAAGCAGCAGCCUAUGCUCUAGAAACAGGGGAUCACUCGCUGGCACAAGCUAUCGUCGAUGGUGCCAGUAUAUCUCUGCCAAAUGGUACGCUGAUGGACUGUUAUGAUGAGCUCGGGAACCGUUAUCAGCUACCUGUGUAUGUUCUGAGUUCCCCAACAAACCUGAUAGAGGAUGUGAGUGAGACAGACACGGCUGUGGACACAGAAAACUCCUCCCCAGGCACAGAAAUACCCAUCAAAUUCAGGCUGUCUCACACAAACAAGGACCUCAAGCUCUUUGUAAGGACCACAGACACUGUUAUGAAACUGAAAAAGAGGAUAGGUGAUGAACAAGGAAUUGAGCCGUCUAAGCAAAGGUGGUUCUUCUCUGGCCGACUACUUAAUGACAAAUUAAGAGUUGUGGAUGCAAAGAUACCCAAGGGUUACGUUGUACAAGUGAUUGUAUCCGAGCCAGACCCGUCAAUAGAGAGCUGAGCCUGAAGUAGUCUGUCAAGCCUGAACAGUCAUGGUGAUAUGAUCACAGCUAGUUUGUCUUUGUCCCCCAUCCACCACUCUCCCAAGGUUGUCACUGGUUGUGGGAGCGCCAGGUACACUCUGACGACAUGUAUCCGGAUACCUUCACAACACCACACCUGUAUUGCUCAUCAUAUAUAGGCCUGAUUUGCAUCAUCAGAGAACCCUCCAUGGAGUUGUGAGGUGAUUUAUUAAGUAACACUGUGUACAUCUGCAUUUCUUGAGGCUGGAUAAGGCAAAAGAUGGAGUGUUAUAUUCACAUCAGUGAACCAAGGUUUGUUCUGUCCACAAAGCAGCCGACGUGGUAGAUUCAUGCCUGGUCAGUGUGCACUGUACAUGUACGAACCAUGAAGGAAAAA